AUGUUGAUAUUUUCACUAUUUUUUGUGUUUCUAUUUGAAAUUUCAAAUAUAAAUUCAAAAACCAAUUGUGGAGAAAUCGAAAAAUGUGCACAUCUUCUUGGUGAACUAUUAACCACAGAUUACAAACGAAUAACAAAAGUCGAGGAAAUUAGGCAAAGUUAUGAUAAAUUGGUGAAAGAGGAGAGUUAUGAUCCUAGAACUGAAUUAAGAGACAGCAAAGCGAGAAUUGAGAAAUAUGUGAAUGUGAGGGAGGAAUUUUUGAAGGUAUGGUUGGAACUAACUUUGGGGAUGGAGGAGGGGUGGGUGAAACGGGUCUCUAGAAAAAAUUGUGCAAUUUUGAGCCACCAGAAAAAUUUUCAAAAUAAAAAAUUUAGGAUAGAAAUCUGGAUAUGAUUAAUUAAUUUACGAAAAUGGAAACUAUUUUAUUUUCAAUCAAUUUUUUUAACAUCCGAAAAAUUGAAAAGAACUUUUAACUUUUAGAAAAUAUAGAUUUUUGAUUGGUAAAAAUCUGGAAUUUCAAAUUAGACGCAAAACUUCAGAGUUUUGCUAGGAUUUUUCUAAAAAAAAUCGGGUUCCUGGGGUCCAAUUCAAAAGCUCCCCUGAAAAUUUAAUGUAUUUCCCCAGCCUUAUUUUUAAUUUGUUGCAGUCCGCCAAACAAUCAUUGGAAAAAAAGACAUAUUACCCAGUCAAAGAUGAAAAAGACUUUGAAGAAAUCAAUGAUAUUCGAUCUCCAAAAUUCAUCCGAUAUAUGUCAGCAAAACAAGGAAAUGAUGCAACAAUUGUAUAUAAAAGCAAUCAUUUGGGAGAAAGUGAAGUGAUUAAUGAGACAAGUCAUUUUACUCACACACCAAAUGCUAAUUUUUAUUUAUUGAAUACAUCUUAUGAUUGGUCUGCUGUUCAUGUUCCAACUCCAAUUUAUGAUCGAAGUUUGUAUCUUUUUUGUUUUGAAAAAAUACAUCAAUCGUUUUUUUUUCAGACCCCGAAAUUCUUCGAAAAAUUGAUUGGUCAAACAUCGAUCAACUUUACCAGAAAAAUCGAGACAGCACAAAAGAUUUAGCGUUUCAAUUAUUUUGUUCAGAAUCCGGAUUUAUGCGAUAUUAUCCAGCUGCUCCUUGGUAUUGGAGUAAUGAAAAAGACAAUUUAGAUUUAUUUGAUUGUCGAAAUACUGAAUGGUAUAUUAAUUCAGCAACUAAUUCGAAAAAUGUGAUGAUUAUGUUGGAUUUAUCUGGAAGUAUGUUAGGACAAAGGUUUGAAGUUGCAAAACAGGCAACUGAAGCUAUUCUUGGAACUUUGUCACAUAAUGAUUAUUUUAAUAUUAUGUCGGUGAGUUUGAACAUUUUUUGGGAUUUCAGUAAAAGUCCAGACUUGAAAAAUCUGAAAUUAUUACAACCCGAAAAUUUAUAGCACAAAUAUACAUAGAGGAAAAAUACAUUCUAAGGCUCCUAGGCUAACUUCAUAAUUAUUUGAAAUUCAAUGAAAUUCAAAAUAGUAACCCAACAAUCCCAAUUUUAAACAACAGAACUCAAAAUUCAUUUUACAAUACCUAAACCUAAUUUUCUCCAGUUCACAAAAUCCCCAAAACUACUUGAUGAUUGUAAUGGAACACGAGGACUUCUUCAAGCAACAAUGAAAAAUAAAAAAGCUCUUCGAAUGCGAAUGAAUGAUAUUGCAAGCGAAGGAAAAGCUGAUUAUGAUCUUGCAUUGACUCUUGCAUUUGACAAACUUCUAAAUGUAAGUUUUUUUCAGUAUUUCUCGCCAAAAUUAACUCAACAGCUUUUUGAUGCUAAAUAAUUAGAAAUUCCGCUUUUAUUAAUCAUGCGGUAAGUUUUUUGGAUAAAUAAAUAUUGUUUUGUGGCAGCUGCAAAAAAAAAAGAAAAAAGGCAUGGCUUAAAAUAUUCACGCUUAAUAAAAAAUUGCUUUUGUUUUGGUUUUAUCAUCCAGAAUUUUAGCUGAAAGGAGAACAUCAUUUAUAUACGAAAGAAGAAGUUGCUAUGAUGAAUAUCACGGAAGGUUUGAAGUCAUUCGAACUCAAUGAACAUGUUCUUCUUGCAUCGGAGGAAUAUUUGAAAAGUGUAAGAUUAUGCUUUAAAUAUUGUUUCUUUUUUUGAUUCCUGAUUAUUUAGUUGGUUUAGUUUAUUGUUGGUGUUUGGAAAUAUUGGAAAUAUUGGAAAACAUCAGUUUUUAUUAAUAGAUUUCAAAAGAAUUUCAGAUUUAAAAAAAAUAUAAAUCAAAUUAAAGGUUAACCGAGGUUUAAUCAAAUUAAUUAGGUUCAUAAGAACUACAGUAACCCUCACAAAAAUUAAAAUAGUGACCCGUAACCAAAUUAAAAAAAUAGUUUUUAUUCCAGAAAUUCAACUUUUCAAAAAAAAAGUACCAAUAAAAUCUGAUGUUUGCUAAUUGUAUUUCCUAUUUCCCAAAACAUCCAACUCUUUGCACUAUCUAUUUCGGUGGCUUUUGUGAGCUAGAAAAAAACCCAUAGAAUCUCAACAUUCCCAAACGCAUUUCUAAAUCUAAUCGAGUUGCAGGUUAGCACAGGUGGAGAACAAAAUGGAGCAGCUUGUGAGAAUAUAAUCAUGUUGAUUACCGAUGGAUCUCCAACUAAUAAUAAAAAACUUUUGGAUACAUUGAAUCCUAAUAAAGAUGUAGGUUUUAAGGAAGAAUAUUCGCGAAUUCAAAAAAAUUCUAGGUUCGUGUGUUCACAUUUUUGAUAGGUGAAGAAGCGAUUGAUUUUAAUGAGGUUCGUGAAAUGGCAUGUGAUAAUCGAGGUUAUAUGGUUCAUGUGGCGAAUAUGGCGGAUGUUGAUGAAAAAAUUCAGUAUUAUAUCAAAAGAAUGUCUAGAGUUGUUGGAACUGAAUCACAGGAUAAACAAUUAAAAUGGUGGACUGGAGUAUAUCGAGAAAAAUUGGUAGGCAUUUUUUGAAUAGGACCGGUGGAAAAUAGUCCAAUUCAAAAUUAACCCCUGAAUAAUCUUAUUUUUCAGUAUCUUCCAAGAGCAGCUGUUUAUUCGAAGCCAGAACCAAUGCCAAGUCGAAAACAUGCAGUUAUGAGAAAAGAAGCAGCCAAAAGAGUUAGUUUGUCCCGAGAAUCUCAAAUAUACGUUUUCUCUUUCAGAAAAUUCGAAUAAUCGCUGCAGAAGCUCGUAGUCGAAUGUUUGUAACAACAGUUUCAUAUCCAGUUAUUUAUAAUAAUACAUUUAUGGGAGUUGCGGCUGUUACAAUUCCGUUGACUGAAAUCGCACAAAAAGCACAUCCUUCUCAUAUUGGAGCCAAAUCAUAUUUCUUUAUGUUAGAUCAAAAUGGUUUUAUAAUGGUUCAUCCACAAUUAAGACCAAUUGAUCAGUCAACAAAAUCUCAGAAAAUUAAUUAUAAUAGUAUGGAUUUAUUAGAAGUUGAGAUUGCACAAACUAGAGAAGUAAGUUCAAUAAUUAAUAAGGAAGAAAUAAAAAAAUAUAUUUCAAAAUUUUGUAGUUUCGAAAUACGCAAAAGAUCAAAUCUUUUAAUGACAAAUGUAAAGAUGAUUAUGAAAAAUGCAGUGUACGAAUUCGAAAAGAGGUAAGCAUUUCAAAAAUGUUUCGAAAAAAUCAAUAAAAUUUAGGUUCGAAGAAAUAUGAUAGAAUGUAACAAUCCAGAAACUCCCCUCGAAUUGGAUGUUUUAUAUGCAACUGAUAAUCUCGAAAGAGUUUAUCCACAAGUUAAUGUUUAUUAUGCUGAAUGUAUUAAUAAUACUGAUUUUGUGUAAGUUUGCAACAACUAAAAUCAUUAUCCAAAAAAUGUUAUUUUGAUUUAGAAUUGGAUUAGCUGUUGCGAAAGAUGAAACAGUUCGAAUUUCUAGCAAAACUGCAGUUUAUGAUUUCUCAAAAGUUCGACUAAGUUGGGUUAAAAAUGAGACAAGUGAUUUAACAUUUAAAAUACAUCCUUAUUGGUAAGUCGAAUUUCAGAAUUGAAAAGAAAAGAAAAAAAAAACUUUUAUUUGCAGGAGAUAUUGUUUCCUGAAUGAUUCGGAUACAGAUAUAUCAAAAGAACAAGCAUUUGUUGUAUAUCUUGAACAAAUGGUUGCCACUAAAAGAGUUCCAUAUCUUUGCACAAAACGACAAUAUUUAGUCGAACGACUUUUGAUUGAUUUGGAAGCCACUGAAAAUUUGAUUCCAGCUUGGGAAUCAAACAAGGAUUAUGCUAAAUCGUUUGUUAUUUUCAUUGAUUCAAGAUAAUUAUUCUAAAUUCUUUCAGACAGCUGAUUCAUUUGACCUUCUUUGCCGCUGCUUCUGGAAUGAUUAGAUCAGCAAAUUGGACUUUAGAAAAGUCAGAAACGGAAGGGUAUGCAUAUGAACAGCCAAGAACUAUUUACGAAAAGUUUAAAAACAUAACGAAUUGGAUCGAGGACCUAGAUCAACUCUCUUAUCUCACAUUAGAACAAGUACCGGAGACAUAUAAUCAUUUCAUAAAUACCAUAAAUUCAAAAAGUUCUGAUGAUCCCUAUUAUAAAAGAGCUGUUCGAAUGAAAGAUACACUUGUUCUGGAAGUAAACAAUAAAAGUAAGUUUGAAGGCAGUUAGACAAUUAUUAUUCCGAUUUUCCUCAAAGCUUAGAGUCAAAAAUAGUUCAAUACGAAAGGAACCGGUGAAUAAAUUUCAAAAUCAAGAAAUUUAAUUCGAACUGAGAAAAUCUUGUGCUUUUAAAAUUUCAAAUUGCCUCCAGCGGUAUCGUGUGUGCAAACACUGCUGCGCGUUUUGUGUACAGUAAUAUUUGAACUUUUUUCAAUAUUUGAUUUCUAUCUUUUUUUGGUAAAACAGAAUAGAUGUCUAACCGUCUUUAAAGGAAGUGUUUGCACACACGAUACCGCUGGAUGCAAUUUGAAAUUUUGAAGAUUUACUCAGCUCGUAUUAACUUUCACGAUUUCGGAAUUUUUUACUGAAUUUUUUUAUUUUGAACUAUUUUUUACACUACGCUUCGAUGAAAACCAAAAUAAUUGUCUAACUGUCUUUUAAUUGAUGAAAAAAUAUGUACAAAAAAUAAUAUCUGAAUUCAGCAAAACUAUGGUAUUUGGGAGCAACUGAACUAACAUCUUAUAAAUUGAAUGAAAAUUUCACAAUUGUUGGACAAGCAUAUCAAGCUGUUUAUAAGGAUAAAGCAGUUCUUGGUGUUGCUGGAUUCGAAUUUGCAUAUGAAUAUAUUGUUACACAUCUGAUUGAACAUGGAUGUAAAACAAACCAUUCACAAAGAUGGUGUUUAUUACUUGAUGAACAUGCUUAUGUGUUCUUUUCAUCUGAAACACAAUCUUAUGAAGGAUAUUUCCGAGGAGAAGGACAUGUCGGAAAAUUCUUUGGAUCUAUAAACAGAAUUGCACAAAGAGCCAUGGAACUGUUGGUUGAAGCAAAAUAUUAUAACAAGCUGGUUUUUACUGAUCAUCAAACAUCUUGUGAAUUCAAUAAAACAAAUAAUGCGACACAAUCAGGAAAUCGUUCAAACAAUCCCAUUUAUGCUUUUAUUCGAUUCCUUAUUCACACAUUUAAUUAUCUUGUUAGAUUAGCAUCAACUGUUUCUGGUGGAUAUUUAAUAUGGUUCCCAAAUAUUCCGAUUACAACUGCAUAUACAUCAUCAUUCCACGAGGGAAUGAAUACAUAUCCAUGUUCGAAACACUCCAAUUUUUAUUUUACAAAUAAGGAUGGAGUUGUGAAACCAAAUCGAAUUUUGGAGGAAAAUUCAAGAGAUCGGCCUUGUAGCACAAAACAAUGUGGAGUGUGAGUUUUUAAAGAUAAGCUUAGUUGAGCGAUUUGAGUUUUAGAGUAAAGUUAUAAAGAAAUUUCCAUAUGAUAAAACUGCUAAAAAUGAUAAAUUAUUUAUCCUAGAAAACUUUGAGAAUCAUUUUUGGACAUUUGAAUGGAAAACUAUAUUUUAUCUCACUGAGAUGAAACUUGACCCAAAAAAUAUAUCUAAAAUAUAAAACACCUUAAAAAAUAUAUUUUCGAAAUUGAAAACCAUCAAUCAUGAAUAAAAUCACUCAACAAGCUUUUUUUCAGAAAAAUAGAAGCUUCGUAUGUGACGGGAACAAAUCUACUAAUGGUUUGGAUAGUAGCAGAUGAAGAAAAAGAAAAAUGUUAUUCUGAAACUGAAUGUGCAAUGAAUCCAAACUCUCCAAUUAAAUUUGAAUUUAUAGCACCUAAAUUGAAAAAUCCAAGAGACGAAAAAAACCUUGAUAAACCAGACACCGAAACAGUCGAAGAAAUGAUGGAAAGAUGUCUAAAUAUUGAAUUCAGAAAAUCAAAAGCAAAUGAUGUUUGUUAUCCGAUUGAUGAAGAUAAAAAUGAGAAGGUAAACUUCUAGCUAAAAUUUUCAAAUCUCAAAAAAUGUUGUGAUUCAUCAAAUUUUCAGGUAACUCCACAAUUAUGCUCUAUGUCUACAUCGACUUCAACUUUAAUUAUUUUUAUAAUUUUAUUUGUCAAAAAUUUAUUGAUUAUCUAA